AUGGGCCCCUGUACCGCCUCCUCAUGCUGCUGCCAGGCCCGUAAUCUGCCAUGGGCCCCCGUACCGACUCCUCAUGCUGCUGCCAGCCCCCGUAAUCUGUCAUGGGCCCCUGUACCGCCUCCUCAUGCUGCUGCCAGGUCCAGAGUGUGUCAUGGGUCCCUGUACGGCCUCCCAUUGCUGCUGUCUCCAUCGCCACACUCUGCCAGCCAUGUGCCACUUUCAGGUCUCCUCACACUGCUGGUGGUUUCCAUUUUUUGUCAUAGGGUGCUGUAUGGCCUCCCAUUGCUGCUGCCUCCACCGCCACACUGUGGCUCCACACUCUGGUUUUGGCCCCGUGACUGCCCAAAUGAGUGAAGUGUGCGGUGAUUCUAAGAUCGACGGCACUCAUCUGCAUGUCAUACUGACUGUCAGUAUUAUUUCUCUUCCCUA